CCUGCGGCGUGGCGGGAAGGGCUGGGGGCCGCUGACCCCAUGGAGCCCGUGCUCUUCGCCUGGGGUGCAAACAGCUAUGGACAACUUGGUCUUGGUCAUAAGGAGGAUGUGCUGGUACCUCAGUCACUGAAAGAUGUUUCCUGCAAAUGUCAAGACAUUAAAAGCAUUACUGGAGGAGGGGGACAUUCUGCAGUUAUCACUGGUGUGGGAGAGCUCUUUGUAUCUGGCCGUAACAAAGACGGGCAGUUGGGAUUGACUCACACAGAAGAUGUACUGCAUUUUACUUUGUGCGCUGCCCUGUCUGGCUUUUGUGUAAAACAAGUUGCCUGUGGCUGGGAUUUUACAAUCGUAUUAGUAGGAUCUGGCCAAGUUCUGUCCUGUGGGUCUAAUUCUUUUGGACAAUUAGGAGUUCCUCAAAUAUCAGGUCCAUGCUCGAUUCCACAAAAGAUUGAGUCUUUCAAAGAGAAGGUGGUGGAUGUUGCUGCAGGACUGAGACAUGCCCUUGCUGCUACAGAGAGCGGUUUGGUGUUUCAGUGGGGAACUGGCAUGGUGUCUCGGGCAAAGCGUGCAAACCAAGGAAAACCCCUCCCCCUGUUCUUGACAGCAAAGGAACCAUCUGAAGUAACAGGCCUGGAAGAUGUAAAGGUGAAGAGAGUUGCUGCAAGCUCCUACCAUUCUGUGUCACUCACAGAUGAAGGACACCUGUAUGUCUGGGGUAGCAACAAACACGGGCAGCUAGUGAGCAAAGAGAUCUUUCUUCUUCAGCCCAAGAAGAUUGAGACUCAUUUUUUCUCACAUGACAAGAUUGGAGCAGUUUGGAGUGGCUGGACCCACUUGGUGGCACAAACAGAAACUGGCAAGGUAUUCACCUGGGGCAGAGCAGACUACGGGCAACUUGGAAGGCACGCAGUGGUUCCCGAUGGUCAGGAGGCAUGCAUAGCAUCUGAACAACACUUGGAGCUGUUGUGUAACAUCCCUAUUUCAGUGCCUUGCCUAAAUGGAGCAUCUCAGAUUGCAUGUGGCUCAGAGCAUAAUCUGGCAGUAGUUGGUGGCCAGUGCUUCUCUUGGGGAUGGAACGAACAUGGGAUGUGUGGUGAUGGCACAGAAGCAAAUGUUUGUGUCCCUAAGCCAGUGAAAGCUCUUGGUUACACCAAACAGAUAUUAAUUGGCUGUGGGGCAGGACACUCCAUGGCUCUUUGUCAAAUUCCACAUUAGACUCCUCACAUCUGAAAUCAUAGCAUCGUGGAUAUGGAUGGACAUCUUUGGAUUGUGUAGCUCAGUGCUACAAGAGGAUCACCCAUGAUUAACACAGUAGUUGGAAAGUGCAGAAGUUGUUUUUUCUAAGACUAAAAGGAAUGAGUAUACAUGGAAAACUGUGAUAGUUAAUUGUUUCAUGGGUCUUUUUCACAGGAAUUGACUUCCUUACCCACAGAUAGAAUGACACACACUUUGCCUUGAUGCAAUACCAUUGAAAAAAGAAUAACUUUUUCUUGUUCUUCUCAUAAGUCUUUGAGGAAGAAAUUGACUGCUUAAUGACUUAUCACUGGUGUAUAAAUUCCAUUUGAGGAAAUGGUCUGAGAAGGUAGAGACAUAGGCCCCUUCUGGUCUUUUAUUAUUGUAUCUUUACAUCGUGAUGAGCAUGUGUUGCACCUGCCAACAUCUACUGGAGUUGUGAGCUCCCAGCAUCUCAGAAAAUCCAGUUUGCAUCACAGAAAAAUGCCAGUGAACAUCAAUAGAGGUAUACACUCAUUUUAAACAGAUGAUUAGGAUUAAAAAAAAAAAAAUCUAUGAUUUAGAAGGCUGGCAAAAGGGGAAAAUGAGGCCCUUCUGAACUAGCUGUAUCUUGAUUAAACUGUGAAAGGAGCAAUAUUUCUGAGGAAUUAUCUUCUGUGCCAGAUAUCAGUUUAUUAUAAAUUUACAGGGAUGCAGAUCCACAUGAAUUAUCAUUAACUUGCAAACCAAACCUGAAUUUUCUGCAGCUACUGCUUAGGGAAGAAAACCUUCUAAGAGCUCUUGGAAACAAUAGAAAAGUUCUUAUCAAAGGGCGUAAGUCAAUUGUAGCUGUUGAGGACAGUUUGAUCCAACAUAGCUCCUGCGUUUCCAGCUGUCUUUGAAUAGGAAGACAUCAAAAUCUAACCAGAAAGUUUUUACAAGUUCUCCAGCCUAAAAGGCAGACCAGAAUGCUCCUGAUAAUGUCAAGUUAGUUCUCACAUCUGUUUUGCAGCCCAGCUGAGUUACUGUUCAGAGCAUGCCCACAGUACUUGUUCCAGGUGAGUGCUUGGCAGAGAAUGUUGACACUUGUUUUGGUAGGAGAAAUGAAAAAUUGUAAAUUAUCCUCAGAUAUUAUUAGCUGACUGUGUUGAGCAGAAUUUUGGAAGCUAUUUAUAAAACUAUUUUUCACACAAAUACAGUGGAUGCCAUUAAACUGGAUGUUUACCACCCACGAUAGUUACAUUUGCUGUGGUAUUUCAUGUAUUUCAGGUUCUUAAUAUAGAGAAUACUACUGUGUGGUAAAUGCACCUUUUAAUGAGACCUACUGUUGCUAAACAAUGGUUUAAUUUUUAAAGCAGGCUUGCCAGCGAAGAAGCCUUACAGAAUUAGAAAAUACUCAGAGAAGAGCUCUUAGGAAACAGGACACGAAGACUUUCUAAUGAUGUAUCAGCUUACACAUUUGGGGGAAGGAAUUAAGGGUGUAAUAUGGGCUGCGAGGGUUUUUUCCUCCCUUGGUUUUACAGCAGUUACAGUUCAUGGCCUAAUUUUCAAAGGAAUUUUCUUUUUCUGUUCAGUAAAUGAGAAACUUGAACUGACUGUGAAGCUGAUUAUAACAGUUACUGAAAGAAUCUGUAAAAAUAAUCAAAUGGCUCCUCUACAAAAAGUGCAGAAUUGAGACUGCUAUUGUAAAGUGGGUUUGGGGUUGUUCUGGGGUUGUUUGUUUGUUUGUUUUUUAGUCCAUGUGUUGGUUGUAGCUUUUCACGGCAAUAUACUGUUCUGCGCUGUGACAUCUUGCACUUUUUACUUAUCUAAGUCGCUAUUUAUUGACUUUCCUCAAUGCCAUUUUCUAGAUACCACAGCCUCUCGAGCAUAUGCACUGAACAGUUUUUCCUGCUUUUUUUGGCAGUUCUGCCUGAGGUUUCUACCUUUUGUUUUCCUCCAAAAUCUGUGUACGGAAUAAACAUGUUAUCUUGUUUCAGUAAUCAUACCCUCUAAAUAAUUCUGUUCCUUGAUUAAUCACAGCUAGUAUGUGUGCCCUAUACCAUAGGGGUUACUAUACUGAACAUAUUUUAACUGUAUAUGCUGUUGCUGCAGUUCAUUUUGGAGGAAUCCAACAAAUUAUGUAACAAAUAAAUGUGACUUGGUUAUUUGAAAUGUUGUUUACUUUUUCACAUCUGUAACACUAACACACUUCUGGAAACACAAAGAAUGAUUUUGGGCAAUAAGGAGGAAAGGAAGGAGUACUUUGGUUUGUUCCUGGUCCUGAUCUUGUGUUUCAUAUCUGCAUCUGAUCUUCAUCUUUGAAAGGGCAAGAACUGCAUUUUCUGUCCUUUGUCUUGCCUAUAUAGAUUGAAAACUUUGGGAAGUAAUGAUUUGAAUCUUAACGUACGAAAUGCUUUGUCGUUGGUCCGGGACAUCUAAGUGCUGCUGUAGUAAGAAGAGUGAAUAAUAAUUCAUUGUAGAUGGUACACAGUUGAAUGUCAAAAACAAGUUGCUUGCUCAUUCAGAAACAA